CUCAUGAUGUCAUCGAUGGGACAACGGCAACAAGCGACCAACCUGGAAGAUUUGUCGUGCCGCCAUUUGCGUCGAUAAACCAUCAAAAGACACACAACUGCGACAUCCAGAAUUGCAGGUUCAGCCAUUUUGCGAGAUAAAAAAGCACACCACGACCACUCCGUCAAACCAACAAGCAUUGAAGUCUCCAGAUCCACAACAAGCACCAUGCAUCGCUUCUCGCGCCCCGUAGCGUCGGCCAUGCCCGCCCUGACCUCGUCUUCCCAGACAUGGGCCACACCUCGAAGCAUCAUCCAGACCCAGCUCGGCGCUGCCAUCGUCUUCCCCCGCAGCUACGGUACACACUCAUCCCCCAAGAAAGCCGAGGAAGCCAGCGCCCAGAGCGGCGAGCCGCGCGGCAGGGACGCCGCCGAGCAGGAGCCGACCCCGACGGCCGGCGUGGUGCCCGACGAGCUGGCCGGCGGCGAUGCCCUGGGCCGCACCGGGGGCGGCGAGCCGCUCGAGAGCUCCAAGUCGCCGCCCGCGCAGCCCAAGAUCUCCAACGCCAGCGUCCCAGGGCACAAGGCCAAGCUCACCAAGGAGCAGCAGGCCGAGGUCGACGAGCACAACCGCGACUUUGAGAGCAAGCACGGCAAGGCCCACGCGGCCGGCGACGACAAGGUCGACGAGAAGUUUUGGAGCGGCGAAGGCUCCCGCGCCAAGGGGAACGAGUAGAGCGCGCUGUGUGAAGCGCAUGUAUCACUAGAGUUGGCUGCGGCACGGGGAAAUGUCCGCAUUCAAGCAGAUUUAUC